UUAGAGCACAUUGUAUACAAAUUAUUCUUGGCAUCUAGGUUGCUAGCGUUGAGUCAUUUCAUUCCAGGGACAGGCUUUUCGAUACAACAGUGAUAACUAUGUGUAUUUUUUUUAAUUGAAUCCAAUUACUCUUGUCAGCUAUGUUGUGGGUUAUUUAACGCUGCCAAAAAGAUAUACAUUUAACUGCUAUAUAUUGUGGUUAAGUGCGCUCUUUUUUUUACAUACCCUCUUUCGGUUUCGUUUUUUUUGUGUGUAUAUCUAUUUUCUGCCAUCAUCUUUCCAUUUUCUGCCAUACAUGAUUUAUACAUGAGUCCCUCUGCUUUAUCCUUAUAUAAUUGAUGUUUUGUAUUACACUUAAAAGCAUUUUGCUGUUAAACUUUGCAACCUCUACAUCUCAAGAUGGAGUAUAACUACAACUCCCAGCAUGAGCACCGUUUUGUAACCUGCAAAGAGACCAAAGUUGAAGACUGACAGUUUCUACCUCUCACUGUAAAAUGGAACUACAACUCCCAUCAGGUGUUUAACCUAGGUGUAGGUAUUUAUACCUGAGAAAACCUAAAAAAAAGGUAAAAAUCUUGUGGUGACUCUAAUCCAUAGACAAGGAGAUGAGAGGCUGGGAGGAGUGGGCAGAGGAGGGGUUACAUGGAGGGAUCCAUAGAACAGAUGGGAAUCCUUGCCGGAGGCAUCACUAAGAAGGAGUUUGAGAGCAGGGGAGUAAAUAUAUCUGUGUAGAAGGAACAUAUAGAGGUCUGUAUGUGGAACUAGCGGCACAUCAGUGGGCACCAGCCGGGGAUGACCUGGGCACAGAUUUGGCUACAUUUGCACAUUCCUCUCUAUAGCAGCUGGAUGAGACCCUCGCCUCUGCUGUCCUUCCUCAGCCUCUGCGCCCUCUGUCAUUCGCAGAGCGUUGCAGGUAAAGUUCUGGAGAAAACUAUUGAAGAAUGGAUGCGAUAUAAGGAAGACUGCAACAGAUGGAUGUCGAGUACUCCGCAGCCUCAAGGUCUGCAUUGUAACCGCACAUUUGAUAUGUACGCAUGCUGGCCGGAUGGAGCGCCUGGGAUGAUCACCAGUGUAUCUUGUCCUUAUUACCUUCCUUGGUUCCAGAAAGUAAAACAUGGACAAGUCUCCCGGCGCUGUGGUCUGGAUGGACUUUGGGUGAUGAUCAAUGGGACGCAGCCGUGGAGGAACUCGUCACAGUGUGAAGAUGAGAUGGAGAUGACAAAGGAAGAGGUGGGGACAAAGGAUUUACUGCUCAGUUUCAGAGCUCUGUACACUGUGGGUUAUUCGGUCUCAUUGAUGGCCCUCUUGUCAUCCCUACUGAUUUUAACCAUGUGUAGGAAACUGCGCUGCACCAGGAAUUACAUCCAUGCCAACCUGUUCUUCUCCUUUGCCCUGCGUGGAAUAUCUGUCAUUGUGAGGGAUGUUUUACAGGAGAAGAGAUGGGGCAUGCAGAUCAUUGAGGUCUCAGACUGGGAGAUCCUGAUCAGUAACAAGGCCGCCAUUGGAUGCCGCUCUGCGCAGGUUAUAAUGCAGUACUGUAUUCUGGCCAACCAUUACUGGUUUGUGGUGGAGGCGGUUUACCUAUACAAGCUGCUGAUCGGUGCAGUCUUCUCCGAGAAGAACAAUUACACUCUCUACCUGUAUCUUGGAUGGGGGACGCCAGUUUUAUUUGUAGUUCCUUGGAUGACGCUGAAGUAUCUCAAAGAAAACAAAGAAUGCUGGGCACUAAAUGACAACAUGGCGUACUGGUGGAUUAUCCGGAUCCCUAUCCUGCUGGCCUCUGUGAUUAACCUGGUGAUCUUUAUGAGGAUCUUGAAAAUGAUAUUGUCCAAGCUGAGAGCCAAUCAGAAGGGUUUUGCGGACUACAAACUGAGACUGGCUAAAGCAACACUGACCCUCAUUCCACUCUUUGGCAUCCAUGAGGUGGUGUUCAUCUUCGCCACCGAUGAGCAGACAUCAGGGAUCCUUCGAUAUAUCAAGGUCUUCUUCAACCUCUUUGUCAGCUCCUUCCAGGGUUUCCUGGUGGCGGUAUUAUACUGUUUUGCAAAUAAAGAGGUAAAGUACGAAAUACAGAAAAAGUGGCAGAUGUGGAAAAUGGAUGGCUCUUCUUUGCUGUGCCUGCGGUGACCAUCACCUGGAUACAGGACAAAGGUGUAACCUGUGCCCAAAAUGUACACAGAUACUAAACAUCAGCUAUAAAAGGACAAGACAUAAUGGCUGCUUAACCCAUCAAGAAGAAGCAUUAUAAAGCCUUAGAACAGUGUUUCCCAGCCAGGGUGCCUCCAGC